AAUCCAGCAUGAUGAGACCAAGCCUUCCAACUGCUCUCCUGUUCUUCUUGGGCCUGUCAUAUUGCUUGGCAUUGCCUGUACCCUAUGAUGAUAGCAAUGAAUUCACAGAGCAAGACCUCAAGUUUGCAGAGCGUUAUUUACGGACCCACUAUGCCCUCCACCGUAACCCUGCUGGCUUAAUGAGGAAGAGUGCCAAUUCAGUGGCAGCCAAACUUCGAGAACUGCAGUCAUUUUUUGGGCUGAAGGUGACUGGUAAACUAAAUGAAGAAACCUAUGAACUGAUGCAACAGCCAAGAUGUGGGGUCCCAGAUGUGGGGGAAUAUAAUUUUUUCCCUAGAAAACUCAAAUGGUCAAAAAAUAAUUUGACAUACAGAAUUAUGAAUUACACACAAGAUCUAACCCAUGCUGAAGUGGACAGAGCUUUCAAAAAGGCAUUCAAAGUGUGGUCUGAUGUGACACCACUUAACUUUACUAGAAUUCGUAGUGGCACUGCUGAUAUCAUGAUCUCCUUUGGAACUAAAGAACAUGGUGACUUUUAUCCCUUUGAUGGACCUUCUGGACUACUGGCUCAUGCUUUUCCUCCUGGACCAAACUAUGGAGGAGAUGCCCAUUUUGAUGAUGAUGAAACCUGGUCAACUGACUCCAGAGGGUACAACUUGUUCCUUGUUGCUGCCCAUGAAUUUGGUCACUCUUUGGGGCUUGAACACUCCAGAGAUCCUGGAGCUCUGAUGUUCCCUGUUUACACAUACACUGGAAAAACUGGCUUUGUGCUUCCUGAUGAUGAUGUGCAAGGGAUCCAGGCUCUCUAUGGUCCAGGAGACAAAGAUCCCAACCCCAAACAUCCCAAAACUCCAGAGAAAUGCGAUGCAAACUUAACACUUGAUGCAAUAACAGAACUUCGCGGAGAGCUGCUAAUCUUCAAGGACAGGUUCUUCUGGCGUCUACAUCCCCAGAUGGUUGAACCAGAACUGGUGUUAACCAAAUCAUUUUGGCCGGAACUUCCCAACAAGUUUGAUGCUGCUUAUGAAAACCCCAUCAAAGAUCGUGUGUUCAUGUUUAAGGGCAGGAAAGUCUGGGCAAUGAAUGGCUAUGACAUAGUUGCAGAUUACCCUAAAAAAAUUUAUGAAUUGGGAUUCCCAAAAGAGAUGAAAACAAUAGAUGCAGCUGUCCACAUUAAAGACACUGGCAAGACUCUCUUUUUUACUGGAGACAAGUACUGGAGCUAUGAUGAAGAGAACCAGGUUAUGGAUGAAGGAUACCCCAGGCUGAUAGAGGAAGAAUUUGCAGGAAUUGGCACCAGAGUGGAUGCAGUUUACCAGAGAAAUGGCUAUCUGUACUUUUUCAGUGGACCGCUGCAGUUUGAAUACAGCAUCUGGAGCAAAAGAAUUGUCCGGAUCCUGCACACUAACUCCAUUUUCUGGUGCUAAUCACACUUUAUUUAGUGACCGUGUUGUAGGCUGUGGAACAGCUUGUAGAACAUGGAAAUAAUACUGUGGGCAUAGGGUUUUAUAAGAGGAAAGCAUGGUUCUGUGAACAAGCUCUGGUUAUGUGCCAUCAAAUAUAUAAUGUAUAUAUGGAAAUUUAUAACUUUAUAUCAGUCUGGAACUGAGUUAAUUUAAUAGGAAGAGAGAAACGAAAAUAGCCAUCAUUUCAAGGGGCAUUAGAACAUUUAAUGUCAGUGUAGAAAUAGAUUUGGGGUCCCUUGGUAAGAUGCUAAAUGAAUCCUCUGUGAUCACAAGCACCACAGCUCUGAAUAAUAUAAGGGUCCUUAGUAUCUUAACAGAGGCUCUCAGCGCCUCUCUCAAAGAGCAACCUACCAGCCUCAGGAGUCCCUAUUUAAAUAACUAGGAACUUAUUCUGCAGUCCACACCUUGUGUACCUUCCAGUAUACAUUUCUUAUGUGUAAAGAAUUGGUCAGGGCUGCAGGACUGAAUCCUAAUGGAGAGCUACUGGAGUUAUAGACUGUAAAUAUAUAUUCCUACUUGAAUGUCCCCUUGGGAGUGGAUGGCCAUGUCAUCUUCACAGAAAGCAGAAGAGGGAGAAAUGGCAAAGGAGGUGCGAGAAAUAAAAGGUUUUUCGAAAAACCAGCAGUCUGAAUGAUACUGUAGACACCAAGAACAGAGGACAAACCUAAGCACUAUGAGACACUUAGGAAAGGUCACUGCACUCUUGUAUUAAUAUAGCAUCAUGAAGAACACCCUGGGAUUUAUCUUUCACAGGUGUCUCUUCAGGUAGAUCUAUGGAUUCUCACUGAAAUUGCAGCUAUUUAAAACAACUAAGAAUUCAACCCUCCAUUCCAAAAUAUGUUAAAGUUACAUGACUUUUUGACUACUGAGUCAAUGUUUCCACCCAUUUUGUAUUUAUUUUAGUUAUUUCAGUGCCAUAUAUGUUAACUCUUUUUUUGCAAUCAACAUAAAUGAUACAAGACUGUGAUUAUUUCUCAACUUCAAAUGUAUUAAAUAAAUCGAAUGAAUAAAAGUAAAUUGUGAAUCUUCUUCAAUAAAAAUACCUAGGACUUCAUGCCUAAAAAGACACAAGAGAACUACAGGGUA